AUGACGAAAACGUGGGCUCUGCUCGUCGCGGGCGCUGGCUUCGCAGCUGCCCAGCUGGCCACUGUGCAACCUAUUGACCAGACUACACCCCAACAAGUGCGCCUGGCAUACAGUGGUCCAAAUGCCAUGUAUGUUAGCUGGAACACUUAUGCGCAGAUAACAAAUCCCACCGUAUACUACGGCACCAACGCGACCUCGCUUAACCGCGUCGCCUCCUCGAACGUCUCAAUAACCUACCAAACGUCAACGACGUACAACAACCACGUCCGAUUGACUGGCCUCCAGCCGAAUACUCUUUACUAUUACCAGCCUCAAUGGCAGAACGUGGUGUCGCCCUUCUCGUUCAAAACACCUCGCGUCGCGGGCGACCACACGCCUUACGUAGCAGCCGUCGUGGUGGAUCUCGGCACGAUGGGCCGCGACGGCCUUUCGGAAGUCGUGGGGAGCGGUGCUGCCAACCCUCUUCAGCCGGGCGAGGUGAACACCAUACAGUCUCUGAGGCAGUUCAAGUCGCAAUACGACUUCCUUCUCCAUGCCGGAGAUCUCGCGUAUGCUGAUUACUGGCUCAAAGAGGAGAUCGGUGGCUAUCUUCCCAACACUACGGUCGAACAGGGUGCCCAAGUGUACGAGCGGAUCUUGAACGACUUCUACGAGGAGCUGGCACCUGUCACCGCUUACAAGCCGUACAUGGUCGCACCAGGCAACCACGAAGCGAAUUGUGACAACGGAGGAGCGACCAACAAGGGCACGAACACAACGUAUGGCGUCGAUAUCUGCAUGCCCGGUCAGACCAACUUCACCGGCUACCGCAACCAUUUCCGGAUGCCCUCUGACGUUUCCGGCGGUUUGGGCAACUUUUGGUUCUCGUACGACGUAGGGAUGGUGCACUUCGUUCACUUUGAUACCGAGACGGAUCUCGGCCACGGAUUCGUUGCACCCGACGAGCCCGGAGGAAGCGGUGGCGAGAACUCUGGUCCUUUCGGCUACAUGAACCAGCAGACUCAAUGGCUUAUGGCUGAUCUAGCAGCUGUCAAUCGAAGCUUGACUCCGUGGAUCGUCGCUGCGGGCCACAGGCCGUGGUAUGUCAGCGUCGCCAACUCCUCUCGCUGCUGGAACUGCUCGCAGGUUUUCGAGCCCAUCUUCCUCAACUACAGUGUUGACUUGGUGCUCUCUGGACACGUCCACGCUUACCAGAGGAACCUGCCGAUGUACGCCAAUAAAUCUGAUCCUGCAGGCCUCAACAACCCGAAAUAUCCCUGGUAUAUCACAAACGGCGCUGCGGGCCACUACGACGGUCUCGACACCCUCGUUAGACCUUUCGAUACGUAUGCACAAUUCGCUGAUGAUCGAGAUUAUGGCUGGUCGAGGCUCACAUUUCAUAAUGCAACCCACAUGACGCAAGACUUCAUCGCUUCUAAGAACGGUUCAGUAAUCGACAGUGCAACACUGUAUAAGGAGCAUGGUCCGCAAGUGAACAUUAGCAGCAAUGGUACUUCUAUUGCUGCGCCGUCGACCUCUCGCUCAGUUACCUCUACGCCUGUCAUCAGCAGCUCCACGGCGGCAUCAAGCUCGCGAGCUACGACCAGCAGCGUUCUUACCGCUACAACGUUGUCCACGUCUCGCAUCAGCUCGUCAGGGAGCGUAGCAGCAUCGUCUGUACUGGGUUCCUCGUCUCGCGCGAGCAGCACGGGCGUAUCUGCUACGUCCUCCGCAUCGUCGACAAGACCAGCCAGCUCUGCAAGCGGUACAGUCUCUGCAUCGUCAACACGACCAGCGAGCUCUGUAAGUGCUGCAGCCUCCGCAUCGUCGAUAAGAACAUCCAGCUCUGCAAGUGCCUCACCUUCUGCAUCCUCGACACGACCAGUCAGUUCCGGCACUGCAGCGUCGUCAACUUCCACAUCGGCUUCGCAUACGAGCAGCACCGUAAUAUCAACGACGCCUGCAGCAGCCAGUACACCUAGCAAUGCGGUGCCGUCUUCCCCAGCUGCUGCAUCUGCCACAUCCGGUGCACCAGGUUGGCCAUGGAAUUGGUGGGGUGGUAGCAACGGUGGUCAUCACGGCUACCCUGGAGACGACUUCCACGGGCCAUAUCCCACUUGGAAGGCUUAG